AAAAGAAAAAAUAUCUGCUCGAGAAACAAAAGAAAGUUACAGAGAAGUAACUUAGCAGUAGCAACAAUGGCAGCCAGCAAUGUCAUCUUCAACAUCUCGAGGUCACCGUUAACUCAAUCCCCGGCUUCACACUCUCUCAGUCCCUCUCUCAAAACCUCCAGGGUUUGCUUUACCUCCGCUUCCAAAUUCUCCAAGAGUCGAAAUGCAGCGGAAAUGAAUAAUGACUACUCAAGUUCCCGCCGGGCGUAUGACGGAAAGGACUGGUGUACCAAAGCAAAGCCAACCAUGGAAGAAGAUGUCGAAGAUGACAAGCCACUCUUGGAGAAAAUUAAGGGGGCAGCGACGGACUACGCGGAAGAAACGAUGGAGAACGUAAAAGGAGCAUCGGAGACUAUAUCAGAGACGACCAAGGAGUAUGCAGAUGAUGCAAAGGAGAAGACAAACGAGGCAGCGGAGACUAUAGCGGCCAAGGCGGAGGAGGGGACUAACAAGGUGGCGGAGCCGGAGACGACGGAGAGUGACAGUGAGAAUGUCAAGGAGAGUCAGUGAGAAGGUCAAGGAGACGGCAGAGAAUAUAUAAUUUGAACUUGUGAUCAACAUAUUUAUACAUAUGGAUACAUAAGCUUAGCUGCUAGCGCUUACAGUUGAAUAAGCAAAGUUAAAGCUUUUGGCUAAUACUAGAAUUACAAAGUUAAAGCAA